CCUCUCCUUUUCCUUUCUUUCUCUGCUUUCAGCCUCUUCUUUCAUAGCCACCUCUCUCAACCUGCGUCAACCCCACAAAGAAAGAAAGGAAAGAGGCUCUAUAGCUCUUGUCUUAAGGGGCACCUAUAUAGAGAGAGAGAGUGAAAGAAAGAAAGAGAAAGAACAAUGAGCUUUUCUUUUAUGUUCUCUUUUGUAUAAUGAGUAGUGGACCAAAACCUCUUCUUCUCAGAAGAAGAUGGAACACAUCAACACCACAAACCCUGACCAAAGCUCUCCUUUCUUGUUAGAAACUCUUUACUGUGAAGAAGAGAGAUGGGAAGAAGAAGAGCAAGAGAAAGAACACGAAGAGGAAACCAUGAAUAUUGAAAACAGAAGUAGCGCAUCUUUUUUUCCGUUUUCAAUAUUACUUGAACAAGACUUGUUUUGGGAAGAUGGAGAGCUUCUUUCACUCUUUUCUAAAGAAAAAGAGCAAGAAACCCAUAUCAACGUUAAAAAUGUCGAAACAAACUCUUCCCUCUCUGUUGCUCGUUUAGAUGCUGUGGAAUGGAUGCUUAAAGUCAAUGCCCAUUAUGCGUUUUCAGUUCUUACAGCAAUUUUGGCUGUUAAUUAUCUUGAUAGGUUUCUUUCUAGCCCUUAUUUUCAACAAGACAAGCCGUGGAUGAUUCAACUUGUAGCUGUUACUUGUCUUUCUUUGGCUGCAAAAGUUGAAGAAACUCAAGUUCCUCUUCUUUUAGACCUCCAAGUGGAGGACACCAAAUAUAUGUUUGAAGCUAAAACAAUUCAAAGAAUGGAGCUUUUAGUGCUUUCUACACUAAAAUGGAAGAUGCAUUCAGUGACUCCACUUUCAUUUCUCGAUCACAUCAUUAGAAGACUUGGAUUAAAGACUAAUCUUCAUUGGGAGUUCUUUAAAAGAUGUGAGCAUCUCUUACUUACUGUCGUCUCAGAUUCAAGAUCCAUCAGUUAUUUACCUUCUGUGCUGGCUACUGCUACAAUGAUGCACGUUAUAGACCAAGUUGAGCCCCUUAACUCCAUUGAUUACCAAAAUCAGCUUCUGGGUGUGCUUAAAAUGAGCAAGGAGAAGGUAAAAGAUUGUUAUGAAUUGAUUCUUGAGGUAUCAAAGAGAAAGAGUAAUUAUAACAAGAAUGGCAAGUCUUACUCCUACAGUCUUAAGCGAAAGUACAAUGAGCCAAUCCCAAGCAGUCCAAGUGGAGUGAUUGGUGCAAGUGUUUUUAGCUGUGACAGCUCAAAUGAUUCUUGGGCUAUGGGAGCUUCAGUCUCUUCAUCAGCAGAAGCACCACUUUAUAAGAAGAGCAGAGCCCAAGACCAAUGGGUAUUUGUGGACAUCGUUGGUAGCCCUCAUUGAUCUCUCCUUUUUCUCUUUAUAGACAAAAGUCUAUAUUAAAUAUGGAUAUUUAUGUCUUUUCAAUUAAAUUAAAUUGCCUUCCUCUUCUUCUCCUUUCCCAUAUACAAUUUCAAGAUCUGUCCCUAUACAGUCUUCGACAUGGAGAUUGGUUUUUGGUGGCAUUUUUGAGAGAAGAGGAAGGAUAUGGAGAUGGGUCAUCUCAUUUUCUCCCUCUUAUUUAUGUCUUUUUGCAAUGUUCCUUUUUCAUGUAUAACUAACUCUCUUUUGGGAGAAAUACUUUAUAUGGACAUAUUAAUAUCAUAAUUCAUAAAAUAAAUUCAAAGCA